GCCCCCACAAUUCUCCUUUCUAGAAAGAUUUUCCGUGUGUUUCUCUCUUCUAUUCGUUUUCUAAUUCCGGUUUUCCUCUCUCUAUUGUUGAAAAUUUUCUGUUAAAAUCAAUUUUAAAAGUUGGAGGAUUCGGAUUUGGCAUAAUAAUCAAACCCCCUUCUGUCUCGACAGAUUUCACACGGAUCAAUUCUCGAUUUCUCUUUGGUCUUCGAGUCGCAAAGACUGAAAGGCACUGCCUUCUUUAACACGAAUUGGACCUCCAUUAAAGCAAACCCAACAACCCCAUUUGUCUUUUCUCAUUCAGAACACCAAAAAAGGGGCGCCCUUCCUCCCGGCAGCGGCAGCGGCGGCGGCGGAUUUCUUCUUAUAGAAUUUGUUUGAUCCUUUGGAAAAAUUUAGCUUUGUUUUGAUUUGAUUGAUCUUAGAGGUGGAAAACCCACUAGCGAAUUUUUGGAAUUCGUUUGUUUUGAUCAUCUGGGAAUGUCCUGUAUGGAGCUCCAAAAGUCGGGGUUGAGUUUGUUUUUAGGGUUUCUUCUUGUGCUGUCUUUGGUGCCACUGUCUGCGGCGAAGUUCGUGGUUGAAAAGAACAGCUUGAGGGUCACAUCGCCCGAGGAUUUGAAAGGCACCUACGACAGUGCUAUUGGGAAUUUUGGGAUUCCUCAAUAUGGAGGCAGCAUGUCGGGGACUGUGGUGUAUCCCAAGGAGAAUCAGAAGGGUUGCAGGGAGUUCAGCGAUGCCGGGAUUUCGUUCCAGUCGAAGCCAGGAGCUCUCCCUACCUUUGUUUUGGUUGAUCGGGGAGAUUGUUUCUUUGCCUUGAAGGUCUGGAAUGCACAGAAGGCUGGUGCUUCUGCAGUUCUUGUUGCAGACAAUGUUGAGGAAAAAUUGAUAACUAUGGACUCCCCUGAAGAGGAUGGUUCUUCCGCAAAAUACAUUGAAAACAUAACAAUACCAUCUGCCCUUAUUGAAAAAAGUUUUAGUGAAAAACUGAAAAAACAGAUCAGUUCUGGAGAAAUGGUGAGUGUGAGUCUUGAUUGGAGGGAAGCUGUACCUCACCCUGAUGAUCGUGUGGAAUAUGAGUUAUGGACUAACAGUAAUGAUGAAUGUGGUGUUAAGUGUGACAUGCUGAUGGAAUUCUUGAAGGAUUUUAAAGGGGCAGCCCAGUUACUCGAAAAGGGUGGUUACUCACAGUUCACACCACAUUAUAUAACCUGGUAUUGCCCACAGGCAUUCAUUCUAAGCAAGCAGUGCAAGUCCCAAUGCAUCAAUCAGGGGAGGUAUUGUGCUCCUGAUCCUGAACAGGAUUUCAGUUCUGGCUAUGAAGGGAAAGAUGUGGUUAUUGAAAACUUAAGGCAGCUAUGUGUUUUCAAAGUGGCCAACGAGACUCAAAAACCUUGGGUUUGGUGGGACUAUGUGACAGAUUUUCAGAUUAGAUGUCCAAUGAAGGAGAAAAAGUACAACAAGGAUUGUGCUGAUAAUGUUAUUAGGUCUCUUGGGCUUGAUGGUAAAAAGAUAGAGAAGUGCAUGGGGGACCCAAAUGCUGAUACUGAAAAUCCAGUUCUGAAAGAAGAGCAAGAUGCUCAAGUAGGGAAAGGUUCUAGAGGGGAUGUUACCAUACUGCCAACCCUUGUUGUCAAUAAUCGACAAUAUCGAGGAAAAUUGGAGAAAGGUGCAGUUCUGAAGGCCAUAUGUUCGGGUUUUGAGGAAACAACUGAACCUGCCAUUUGUUUGAGUAGUGAUGUAGAGACCAAUGAAUGCUUAGAUAAUAAUGGCGGUUGCUGGCAGGAUAAAGCAGCCAACCUAACAGCCUGCAAGGAUACUUUUCGUGGGAGGGUAUGUGAGUGCCCACUUGUUGAUGGUGUGCAGUUCAAAGGAGAUGGUUACACCACUUGUGCAGCAAGUGGGCCUGCGAGGUGCAAAAUCAAUAAUGGAGGAUGUUGGCACGAUACCCGGAAUGGAUUUACAUUCUCUGCUUGUACAGAUGAGGGUAAUGUGAAAUGCUCGUGUCCUCCAGGAUUUAAAGGUGAUGGUGUUAAAAGCUGUGAAGAUAUCGACGAGUGCAAAGAGAAGAAAGCCUGUCAGUGCCCUGAAUGCAACUGCAAAAAUACAUGGGGCAGCUAUGAGUGCAGUUGCAGUGGUGAUCUUUUGUAUAUCAGAGACCAUGAUACUUGUAUAAGCAAGGCAUCGUCAAGUGGGAGAUCUGCCUGGACUGCUGUUUGGGUUAUUUUGAUAGGCUUGGUUAUGGCUGCUGGUGGAGCAUAUCUAGUAUACAAGUACAGAUUAAGGUCAUACAUGGAUUCCGAAAUCAGAGCUAUUAUGGCUCAGUACAUGCCUCUCGACAGCCAAGGCGAGGGUCCGAACUAUGUGAAUGAAAACCGUGCAUGAGAAGGAAGAUGAUGCUUUAGAAACCCGUCGAUGAUUAUGUGCAGCGAGCGGAGUGUGGAGUGGAUCCAGUGAAGAGUUUUGAGGUUAAGAUCUUUGCAUUCUUGUAAUAUAUUGACAAUAAACGAAAAGGGUGGGUUUUUGAAUUUGACAAAGUUAUUGUUAGACUAUAACAUGGUUGAAGAGUUCUCUGUUGGAUUUUUAUUUGGGAGAGGACUCAUGUGAUUAACUUAUUAUGCCUUGGGAUGGGCUACAAAGCAUUAUGCUUUGUUGGUGAGGUGGUUAAAUACAUGGUUAUGUAACUUAAAAUAAGACUGUUAUUUGUGUAGCACUAAAUGUCAAAGGGCUGAAUUGUAAACUUUCCAUUUUUUUUUCCUUUCGAGAAUGUUACUUUUUUUUCUUCAGUAAAAGUUGGGGAUUUGCACU